ACCGCGGGCGAUAGCCAUUUCAACAAUAGGCCUACUUCCCAAGGGCGUUGGCCUUUUUAUAUUACCCUAUUGUAAUUUUGUGCCAAUUCAAUUGGCUACCUAACGUCGAAAAACGCCGAUCAUAACAAUCAGAACCACAAACGUUAAAUGAAUCGUCGCGUAGGUAGGAUCAUAUAUAUUUUAUUUAAUUCACUAUUAUAAAGUCUUUGACCGAUCCACCAGACUAUUGCCCCACCACAGUUCGGGCGAUGUUUGUCCCCAAACCUGCUCCAGUAGCAGUGGGAGUGUCCCUUUAAUAGGUGCAUGGAGUGUCCGAGUGGCGACUGUGUUUUUCGUAGGCGCAAUCCGGGAAAAGUCCCGCCUCAAGCGCUAGAAAUGGACAAGCAGCCUGUCAGUCAAACUCGCACGCUGACGUCUCACGCUGACUCCUAACCAUAACCAUAGCCCUAUUAGAGAAAUGCAUUUGACUAACGCUUUUUUAAUAUACAUUACAUUUAACUUAGCUUCCCUGCGGUCACGUGACGCAUUUUAGCCUUUUUGGAUUGGAUCAGAGAUUUAAACCAACGUUAUUGGAUAAUCUCCGGCUAUCUCCUCAUUAAUAUUAAUUUCCCCGGAUUCCGCCUACGAAAAAUACAUUCGCGUCCUUGUGACAUAGAAACAGUGCGACUGCGUAGUCCUUCCCCCUCGGCCCUCCCCCCAUCAGGUGCACUAGUGAGAAACCGGACACCGAGUUCGUAUGUUGGUUUUUGUGUAUCUGUGUUGCAUAUGUCGAGAGCCUAAUAGGUCCAUGGUCCGGGGUCGAUUAUUCAAACAUGUGCCGACAUCCUGACUGAUGAUAAGGCUGUGACCAAGAUGGAGUGAAAUGUUAUUCUAAGAGGAAAAUAUAUAGGAGGUGAGCAGAGCAUCUUACUGUCCACUCUGUGUAAGAUCACCGCUAAAACCCGUUCCACGUUACAUAUUCCACCAUACACAUACCAUGUCUCUGCUCACCCAUGUGCUGGCAUGUCUCUUCGGCAUGGGCUCAUGGGUGGCCAUCAACGGGAUGUGGGUGGAGCUGCCCCUGGUGGUCCCGGGGAUCCCGGAGGGCUGGUACCUUCCGUCCUACCUGACGGUCAUCAUCCAGAUGGCCAACGUUGGGCCCCUCUUCAUCACCCUCAUGCACCGCUUCCGCCCUGGCGCGCUGGACGAGCGGCCGGUCAUCUACUGCAUCGUGGUGCUGGGCAUCGUCGCCACCUUCCUGCUGGCCUUCUUCUGGAACACUGCCGUGGAGUUCGCCGGCGCGCUGCGUAGCGUGCCACUGCUGGUGCUGAGCUUCCUGCUGUCCGUGGUGGACUGCACGUCCUCGGUGACCUUCCUGCCCUUCAUGAUGAGGCUGGGACCCCAGUUCCUCACCACGUACUUUGUCGGGGAGGGCCUCAGCGGGCUGGUGCCCGCCCUGGUGGCUCUGAUCCAGGGGGUGGGGCUGGUCCACUGCCGCAACGCCACUGUGGCAAGCGUUGCCGGCGUGACGCUCAACACGACCGCGACGGGCGGCAGUGGGGACCUGGAGGCGAUCUACCAGCCGGCCAACUUCUCCGCCCGGGUGUUCUUCGUCUUCCUCAGUGCCAUGAUGGUGGUGUGUCUUGGGGCCUUUGUGCUGCUCAACCACCACCCUGCUGUGGUGCGAGAGAGGAAGGACCACCGGUACCUGGGGGAAGAGUCGGCGAGGGACAAGAGGGAGCAGGGACUGUCAUUGCACAGCCAAGCCCCGGAGCAAAGGCCCAUGAUCAGCCCCUUGGAGCCCCCUGCUAGGGAGAGGAGAAGCUCUUUUGGGAUGGGCACGUACAGCAAGGGCGAGGUGGUGUUCAUCUUCAUGGUGCUGGCCUGGGUCAAUGCGCUGACCAACGCUGUGCUGCCGUCGGUGCAGUCCUACUCCUGUCUUCCCUAUGGGAACCAGGCCUACCACCUCGCCGCCACCAUGGCGGCUGUGGCCAACCCAGUGGCCUGUUUCAUUGCCAUGUUCACACCGAUCAGGUCCCUCGUGUUCAUGUUGUUUUUGACCGUGGUUGGAACAGGCUUCGGGGCUUACAUCAUGGCAGUGGCUGCCUUCAGUCCCUGUCCUCCACUAGUCGACAGUCCUUCUGGUGUUGCUAUCAUAGUGAUUUCCUGGAUCCUGUUUGUCCUAACCCUGUCCUAUGUGAAGGUCAUUAUCGGAGUGAUUCUGCGAGAUGAGGGCCACAGCGCACUCGUGUGGUGUGGAGCAGUAGUCCAGCUUGGCUCCAUGAUCGGAGCUAUUUCCAUGUUUCCACUUGUCAGUGUCUACGGACUUUUCAAAUCUGGUGAUCCCUGUAACACCAAAUGUCUAAACUAAGAAAUGUAUUCAAGAACAACAAACACUAAAAAGUGUUUGUUGUUCACAUUUGACGUCUUUGGUAAUUAACUAAACUCAUUUAGAUGUUACAGACAUCAUGUAUAGAGAUAUGAUAUUUACUGCAGUGUAAAUUACACUUCCUGGAAACUAUGGAUAAAACCAUGCUGCUCCAUGUUUUGUACGUUUUUUGUCUCGCUACAUUACAAGAAUAACAGUGUUAUUUAUUGUAGGCCUACACGUUGAUUUAAAAAAGUGCCUUUAUUUGUGGCUAUUCAUCUGAUACAGAUCUUUAGCCGUGCUCCAGUGUGGCUUUAUAGUUUUGUGAAAUAGCUGAUCACUAGGCGGACAAUCAGUAUCACAUUGAUUCAGGCCUAUAGUGCUUGUAUAUCGCAAGGUAACUUCGCAAUGACCGCUGCAUAGCGGUAUUGAUUAUGAAGUUAUUAUUUUGGUGUUACAUUUUUUUUGGUCAUUGUUGAGUAAAUAAUCGUGACUUGUUUUCCCAACUGCAAGUCCUUGUGUUUGAAAGUGCCAGUGUUUCUCAUGCGAGGAAUGACAAUGUAUUCAUUAGCCUAGGUUAUGGUAUAUUUGUUUAUACUUUGUUUAGGAUUUACAUUAAGCUUCUACCUUGUUACAGCGUAUCGGCAACUAAACAUACCAAUAAUGCAUUCUGAUGUACAAGCCCUGUCGGCUUUUAUAUCAAAUGUAUCAGCAAUUAUUGUUUUGUAUGGCUUGAUUGUAUUGUACAAAGACACAGUCAAGACUCAAAAUAAAUUGCAUAUAUUUGAGGUUGA